CGAGGCGUUACAGUCAUUUCUAACACGGGACAGUCUAUGUCUCUUUCCUCCGGUCGACCAAUCGUGGCGCAGCAGCGCAGGGACACACCUGUAUAAAAGCGGAUUCCAGGUCAGUUGUCAGUCAGAAGAAGGCGAUGAGGAUGACAGGGCGUUGAGGGAGAGCACAUGGUCUGCCUCAUCUGGAUGCCUUUCAGGGCAGAUGUGCGUUUUCAAAGAUGGAUGAAAUCUUCAAUCAUAGCGCAGCGCUGAACCAAAGUUCCCCUGGAGAUGACAAGUUCACUUUCGAGGACAUCGACGUCAGCGCUGAUGGCUCUCCCAUCCUGAGGAUAUUCAUCUCGGUGGUGUACUCUGUGGUGUGCGCCGUGGGCUUGGUGGGAAACCUUCUGGUGUUUUUCCUCAUGAGGGUGAGACAGGGUAGAAAAAGAUCAACCAUAAAUGUUUUCAUCACCAACUUGGCAGUUACGGACUUCCAGUUCGUCCUCACGCUGCCCUUCUGGGCCGUGGACACCGCUCUGGACUUCAGCUGGCCGUUCGGAGACGCCAUGUGCAAAAUCGUCCUGUCAGUUACCGUCAUGAACAUGUACGCCAGCGUCUUCUUUCUCACGGCGAUGAGCGUGACCCGCUACCUUUCCGUGGCUUCAGCCCUGAAGAAAAGGUCCUACAGAAGGUCACGGUGCGUGAAGUGGGUGUGCGCGGUGCUCUGGCUGGCCGCCACCGUGGCCACGGCUCCCACAGCUAUCUUCUCCACAGUGACUGUGGUCGCUGGAGAAAAGCUUUGCCUGCUCAGGUUUCCAGAGGGACACGACUGGCUCGCUCUUUACCACAUCCAGAAAAUAUUAAUAGCCUUCAUUAUUCCGAUGUUCAUAGUUUGUAUUAAUUAUCUGAUGCUGCUUCGCUUUGUGAGACGGAAAAGCAUGGACAGCAGCAACCCCAAACGUAGAUCCAGAGUCACCAAAUCUGUUGCUAUAGUCGUUUUGUCUUUCUUCUGUUGCUGGAUGCCAAAUCACGCCAUCACCUUCUGGGGGGUCUUGGUGAAAUUUAACGCGGCCAACUGGGACACAUCAUAUUACACAGUGCACACAUACGUGUUCCCGGUCACUGUCUGCUUGGCACACACAAACAGCUGCUUGAACCCGAUCCUGUAUUGCCUGAUGCGUCCGGAGAUCAGGAAGAUGCUGAGCGGCUUGUUUUGGAGAGUCUCCAGUCCCGCUAAGAGCAAAGCGUGCACGACGCGCUCCGUUACGCACGCAGAAAUCCAUGGAGUGGUACCUCUCCAAAUCAUGGACAACACGGACUACACGCUGUCCAUCAUAGACCGCAAAGGCCCUUCAAGUUCUAAGACCAUCCCAUUUACACACUGAAUGCAGCAUGGGCGCAAAGGUGCUGUCUUUUUCUCCAUCAGCUGCCAUUGCUCGUGCGUAAUUCA